AAAGGAGAAGGAUACGGCAGAACGCUUUAGCAGACUCGAGACGUAUUUCAAAUCGUGAACAAACGUUGUGCUAUCCCUUACAAGCCGCUCGCUACUGACAGCUUUCUUUAUGCCAGUUCCGUUCAAUGGCUUCCAUUUGCUCUUCCCCGUCCGUCAGUCGCCAUUCAUGGAUCGUGCCAAACACACACCAGUCCGUAGCUAGCGACGCCUCGCAAUCUCGCGGCGUAAGGCAUGUCCAGCCUUCCCAUUUAGCGCUCACAGCCUCUCGCCAUCGUCGCAACCGUCGUGAAGCAUUCGCGUCGCCCGCUCCCCAGCGACUACAGCUCACCCCCUCGCGAUCGCUACGCCAAUGUCCCGCGCGAACACUCGUGGACUGUACGCACGAUCCACUCCAGGGACAUCGGAGUCCUUCCGGUGCAGUGUCACAUCGUUUAAUGUCACCCGGUUCGCGUCGUCAUCGGACGGUUACAAGAGCGUCAGCUAGCAGCGGGAAUUCCGGUAUAGAUCCGUCGGUGGAGCACAGCUCCAUGGCGAAUGAGGAGCUCCUGCUCUUCUUCUACCAGCUCGAUUUGAACACCCGGCUCCAGAAAGCGCUCAACUUGGACCAGUACGAACCAGCUCAGCUCCUGCGAGAGAAGAUCGCGGAGCUUGAUCGUGAAAUAGCGCGGCAGAGGGAAGCCAAGAUGGGAACGUCGUCCAAGGAAGAGGCUCAGGACAAAGGCCUGGCGCUGUUACGCCUCAAGGCAGGGCUGCAGCGGGCAGUGGAGCAGGAGCUAUACGAGGAAGCAGCUGAGAUCAGAAAGAAAAUGAGCAAAUUAGAGGGUGACACGUUGGCAGCGUCUGCUGCAGCAUUGGCUAUGGGCAAUGUUAUUUAUAAGUUCAGGCUAGGGCAGAAAAUCACUCACAAGGAAUUUGGCUACCGGGGCAUAGUGGCGGGGAUGGACCCCAUGUGCUGUGAGACAGAAGAGUGGAUGUCAGGUGCUCAAAUCAGCCGGCUCUCACGGGGUCCCAACCAGCCCUUCUACCAGAUUCUACUUGACUUGGGCAAUGGAGCACGCUUCCCUGUUGCUUAUGUUGCGGAGGACCUCCUUGACAUUCCUGUGGAGCCUGAUAAGGAGCAAAUGAUCCACCCAUAUCUGUAUCUUCUAUUUUAUGGAGCUGAUUCUCGAGGUGACUUCAUCCCGUGCAAGCCUCUGAGAGACAAGUACAAUGCUCCCCGCUAUGAGGUCCCUCUGGAUGACUCAGAUGACACUGGCUCAGACGAGUCAUGACUUGACACCAGCUCUGAUGCUCACGACGAUGGAUUGUUUGUGGAGCAUGCACAAGUAUCUUCUUACACCUCCGUAUAGAAUUGUGCUGAAAUCAGCAUUAGCUUUUGUCACAGCAUUGUGUACAUACUAAUGUCAGUAAGGAGCCGUUCUAUGAUUCGAAACCUUCCUACGUGUCUCUCAAUGGUUCAUGGUGUAUUA